AUGGAGCCCGAGGAUCAGCCAUGGCAGGGCGAGCUGGAGGAGGAGGAGGAGGCUGCAGAGGCAGCGGCGGCGAACUUGGACGACGUAGUGGUCGUGGAGGAGGUGGAGGAAGAGGCGGGGCGGGAGUUGGACUCCGAAUCUCACUACGGGCACCAGCAUCUGGAAAGUACAGACGACGAGGAGGACGAGGAGGACGAGGAGGCCAAGGCCUGGCUGCAGGCGCACCCCGGCAGGAUUUUGCCUCCGCCGUCGCCCCCGCAGCACCGCUACUCGGAGGGCGAGCGGACCUCCCUGGAGAAGAUUGUUCCAUUGACCUGUCAUGUAUGGCAACAGAUAUUAUAUCAAGGCAAUAGUAGAACACAAAUUUCUGAUACUAAUGUGGUCUGUUUGGAAACAGCAGCUCAGCAAGGUUCUGGGGAUGAUCAGAAAACAGAAUCUUGGCAUUGUCUUCCUCAAGAAAUGGACUCUUCCCAAACCUUGGAUACAUCCCAGACCAGGUUUAAUGUAAGAACGGAAGAUACCGAAGUGACAGACUUCCCCUCUCUGGAGGAGGGUAUAUUGACGCAAUCAGAAAAUCAAGUAAAGGAACCCAGCAGAGAUCUCUUUUGUUCUCCAUUGCUAGUCAUACAAGAUAGCUUUGCUUCUCCUGAUUUGCCUUUGCUGACCUGUUUGACACAAGACCAAGAAUUUGCGCCUGAUUCUUUAUUUCAUCAAAGUGAACUAAGUUUUGCACCUCUGAGGGGAAUUCCUGAUAAGUCUGAAGAUACUGAAUGGUCUUCUCGACCAUCGGAAGUUAGUGAAGCUUUAUUCCAGGCUACUGCAGAAGUAGCUUCAGACUUAGCAAGCAGUUGCUUUAGUGUAUCUCAGCACCUGCUUAUAGGCAGCACAGCUGUUGGGUCUCAGUGCCCUUUUUUGCCUUCUGAACAAGGGAAUAAUGAAGAGACUAUUUCAUCUGUUGAUGAACUGAAAAUUCCCAAAGACUGUGAUAGUUAUGAUGAUCUUUGUUCAUAUAUGUCAUGGAAGACACGAAAAGAUACACAGCAGCCUGAAAACAAUUUAGCUGAUAAAGAUCAAGUUUUAGUUGCAACUUCAUCGGACAUAACUGAUGAAAACAUAGCUACUAAAAGAAGUGACCAUUUUGAUGCUGUUUGUUCAUAUGGGCAGUACUGGAAACAGGAAGAUUCACCUAAGCAGGCAGAAACAUAUUUAACCAAGGGCCUGCAGGGGAAGGCUGAGUCUGACAUCAUUACUCUGGAUGGCCUAAAUGAAAACGCUGUUGUAUGCAGUGAAAGAGUUGCUGAACUACAAAGAAAGCCAACAAGAGAGUUGGAAUAUCAUUCUUCAGAUCUCAGAAUGUUGAGGAUGUCUCCUGACACUGUGCCAAAGGCUCCUAAACAUUUAAAAGCAGGAGACACUUCUAAAGGAGGCAUAGCUAAAGUUACUCAAUCCAACCUGAAGUCAGGCAUCACUACCACUCCUGUUGAUUCAGACAUUGGAUCUCAUUUAUCCUUGUCCCUUGAGGUCCUGUCUCAGUUGGCUGUAAGUUCUCCUCUAGAAACUACUACUGGUCAACACACUGAUACUCUCAACCAAAAGACAUUAGCAGAUACUCAUCUAACUGAAGAGACUCUGAAAGUCACAGCUAUUCCUGAACCAGCUGACCAGAAGACUGCAACACCAACAGUACUCUCUAGUUCCCAGUCACAUAGGGGGAAGCCCAGUAUUUUCUACCAGCAGGGCUUGCCAGACAGUCAUCUAACUGAAGAGGCUUUGAAAGUUUCAGCUGCUCCUGGACCAGCUGACCAGACAACUGGCAUAUCAACUCUAACCUCUACUUCCUACUCACAUAGAGAGAAGCCUGGUACUUUUUACCAACAAGAGUUACCAGAGAGUAACUUAACUGAAGAGCCUUUGAAAGUUUCAGCUGCUCCUGGCCCAGUGGAGCAGAAGUCGGGAAUACCUACAGUAUCCUCUACAUCCCUCUCACAUGGAGAGGACCUCCUCUUUUUCUAUCGACAGACCUUGCCAGAUGGUCAUCUAACUGAUCAGGCUCUGAAAGUUUCAGAUGUGUCUGGACCAGCCGACCAGAAGACUGGGACAGCAACAGUACUCUCUACUCCCCACUCACAGAGAGAGAAGCCUGGUAUUUUUUACCAACAAGAGUUCCCAGACAGUCAUCAAACUGAAGAGACUCUUAAAGUUUCAGCCACUCCUGGACCAGCUCACCAGAAGACUGAGAUACCAGCAGUACAGUCUAGUUCUUACUCACAAAGAGAAAAGCCUAGUAUUUUGUACCCACAGGAAUUAGCAGACAGUCAUCUACCUGAAGAGGGUCUGAAAGUUUCAGCUGUUGCUGGACCAGCUGACCAGAAGACUGGCCUACCAACAGUACCCUCUAGUGCAUACUCACACAGAGAGAAGCUCCUUAUUUUCUACCAACAGGCCUUGCUGGACAGCCGUCUACCCGAAGAGGCUCUGAAAAUUUCAGCUGUUUCUGGACCAGCUGACGGGAAGACUGGGACACCAACUGUAACCUCUACUUCCUCUGCAUCCUCUUCACUUGGAGAAAAGCCCAGUGCUUUCUAUCAGCAGACCUUACCCCAUAGUCAUCUAACUGAAGAGGCUCUGAAAGUAUCAGUUGUUCCUGGACCAGGUGAUCAGAAGACUGGGAUACCCUCAGCACCAUCUAGUUUCUACUCACACAGAGAGAAGCCCAUUAUUUUUUCCCAGCAGACCCUGCCAGACUUUCUUUUACCUGAAGAAGCUCUGAAGAUUUCAGCUGUUUCUGUAUUGGCCGCCCAGAAGACUGGGACACCAACAGUGUCCUCUAAUUCUCACUCACAUAGCGAGAAAUCUAGUGUUUUCUACCAGCAAGAGUUGCCAGACAGUGAUCUACCUAGAGAAUCUCUGAAAAUGUCUGCUAUUCCUGGACUGACUGACCAGAAGACUGUCCCAACACCAACAGUACCUUCAGGUUCCUUCUCACAUAGAGAGAAGCCCAGUAUUUUCUAUCAACAGGAGUUGCCAGAUAGUCAUCCAACUGAAAAUGCUCUGAAAGUUUCAACUGGCCCUGGACCAGCUGACGAGAAGACUGAGAUACCAGCAGUACGGUCUAGUUCUUACACACAGAGGGAGAAGCCAAGUGUUUUGUACCCACAGGUGUUAUCAGACAGUCAUCUACCUGAAGAGAGUCUGAAAGUUUCAGCCUUCCCUGGACCAGCUGACCAGAUGACUGACACACCAGCAGUACCCUAUACUUUCUACUCACAAAGAGAGAAGCCUGGUAUUUCCUACCAACAGACCUUGCCAGAGAGUCAUCUGCCUAAAGAGGCUCUGAAAAUUUCAGUAGCUCCUGGACCAGCAGACCAGAAGACUGGCACACCAACUGUAACCUCAACUUCCUACUCACAACAUAGAGAAAAGCCCAGCAUUUUCCACCAGCAGGCCUUGCUAGGUACUCAUAUACCUCAAGAGGCUCAGAAAGUUUCAGCUGUUACUGGACCAGGUGACCAGAAGACUUGGAUACCAAGAGUACUUUCUACCUUCUACCCACAAAGAGAGAAACCUGGUAUUUUCUAUCAACAGACCUUGCCAGGUAGUCAUAUACCUGAAGAGGCACAGAAAGUUUCAGCUGCUCUUGGACCAGCUGACCAGAAGACUGGGACACCAACUCCAACCUCUGCUUCUUACUCACACACAGAGAAGCCUGGUAUUUUCUACCAACAGGUCUUGCCAGAUAAUCAUCCAACUGAAGAGGCUCUGAAAAUUUCAAUUGCCUCUGAACCAGUUGACCAGACAACUGGCACACCAACGGUAACCUCUACUUCCUACUCACAAUAUAGAGAGAAGCCCAGCAUUUUCUACCAACAGUCGUUGCCAAGUAGUCAUCUAACUGAAGAGGCUAAGAACGUUUCAGCGGUUCCUGGACCAGCUGACCAGAAGACUGUGAUACCAACCUUAACCUCUACUUUCUACUCACACACAGAGAAGCCUGGUGUUUUCUACCGACAGGUCUUGCCACAUAGUCAUCCAACUGAAGAGGCUCUGAAAAUUUCAGUUGCUUCUGAACCUGUUGACCAGACAACUGGCACACCAACUGUAACCUCUACUUCCUACUCACAACAUAGAGAGAAGCCUAGCGUUUUCUACCAACAGUCGUUGCCAGGUAGUCAUCUAACUGAAGAGGCUAAGAACGUUUCAGCGGUUCCUGGGCUAGCUGACGGGAAGAUUGGGAUACCAACUUUACCCUCUACUUUCUACUCACACACAGAGAAGCCUGGUGUUUUCUACCAACAGGUCUUGCCACAUAGUCAUUUACCUGAAGAGGUUUUGGAAGUUUCAGUUGCUCCUGGACCAGUUGACCAGACGAUUGGCACACCAACUGUAACCUCUCCUUCCAGCCCAUUUGGAGAGAAGCCCAUUGUUAUCUACAAACAGGCCUUUCCAGAUGGUCAUCUACCUGAAGAGGCUCUGAAAGUUUCCAUUGUUUCUGAACCUACUGAAAAAAAGACUGACAUACCAACAGGACCUUUAGGCUCCAAUGCACUUGGAGAGAAGCCCAUUACUUUCUAUCAGCAGGCUCUGCUAGACAGUCCUCUAAAUAAAGAGGUUGUGAAAGUUUCAGCUGCUCCUGGACCAGCUGACCAGAAGACUGAGACAAUACCGGUACAUUCUACUACUUACUCAAAUAGGGGGAAGCCUGUCAUUUUCUACCAACAGACCCUAUCAGACAGUCAUUUACCUGAAGAAGCUCUGAAAGUUCCACCUGUUCCUGGACCAGAUGCCCAGAAGACUGAGACACUAUCAGUAUCCUCUAGUUUAUACUCAUAUAGAGAGAAGCCCAUUGUCUUCUACCAACAGGCCCUGCCAGACAGUCAGCUAACUAAAGAAGCUCUGAAAGUUUCAGCUGUUCCUCGACCAGCUGACCAGACGACUGGGUUAUCUACUGUAACUUCCUCUUUCUAUUCACAUACAGAGAAGCCUAAUAUUUCUUACCAGCAAGAGUUGCCAGAUAGUCAUCUAACUGAAAAGGCUCUGAAAGUUUCAAAUGUUCCUGGACCAGCUGAUCAGAAGACUGGGGUAUCAACAGUAACCUCUACUUCCUACUCACACAGAGAGAAGCCCAUUAUUUCCUACCAGCAAGAGUUGCCGCAUUUUACUGAAGCAGAUUUGAAAAUUUUAAGAGUUCCUGGACCAGCUGACCAGAAGACUGGAAUAAACAUCCUGUCCUCUAAUUCCUACCCACAGAGAGAGCAGUCUGUCAUUUCUUAUCAGCAGGAGUUGCCAGAUCUUACUGAAGUAACUUUGAAAGCAGUAGGGGUUCCUGGGCCUGCUGACCAGAAGACUGGGAUACAAAUAGCAUCCUCUAGUUCCUACUCAAACAGAGAGAAGCCCAGUAUUUUUCAUCAGCAGGAGUUGCCAGAUGUUACUGAAGAAGCUUUAAAUGUUUUUGUUGUUCCUGGACAAGGUGACCAGAAGACUGAGAUACCAACAGUACCUUUAAGUUACUACUCACAUAGAGAGAAGCCCAGUGUUAUCUCUCAACAGGAGUUGCCAGACAGUCAUCUCACAGAAGAGGCUCUGAAAGUUUCACCUGUUUCUAUAACAGCAGAGCAGAAGACUGGGAUACCAAUAGAACUGUCUAGUUCCUACUCACAUUCACAUAAAGAGAAACUCAAGAUUUCAACUGUGCAUAUGCCAGAUGAUCAGAAAACUGAGUUCCCAGCAGCUACCCUUAGUUCCUACUCCCAAAUAGAGAAGCCCAAGAUUUCAACUGUGAUUGGACCAAAUGACCAGAAGACUCCAUCCCAGACAGCUUUUCAUAGUUCCUAUUCUCCAACAGUAAAGCCCGAUAUUUUAUUUCAACAGCAGUUGCCAGAUAGAGAUCAAAGUAAAGGUAUUCUAAAGAUUUCAGCUAUCCCUGAACUAGCUGAUGUGAAUACUGGAAAACCAAUACCUCUCUCUAGUUCUUAUUUUCACAGAGAGAAAUCGAAUAUUUUCAUUCCACAGGAAUUGCCAGGUAGACAUGUAACUGAAGAUGUGCUGAAGGUUUCAACAAUUCCUGGACCAGCUGGCCAGAAAACAGUAUUACCAACAGCUCUUCCUAGUUCCUUUUCACAUCGAGAGAAACUAGAUAUUUUCUAUCAAAAGGAUUUGCCAGAUAGACAUCUAACUGAAGAUGCUCUAAAGAUCUCAGGUGCUCUUGGGCAAGCUGAUCAAAUUACUGGAUUACAAACAGUUCCCUCUGGUACUUACUCACAUGGUGAGAAUCACAAGCUUGUUUCAGAACAUGUCCAAAGGCUAAUAGAUAAUUUGAAUUCUUCUGACUCCAGUGUUAGCUCAAAUAAUGUGCUUUUAAAUUCUCAGGCUGAUGACAGAGUUGUAAUAAAUAAACCAGAAUCUGCAGGUUUUAGAGAUGUUGGCUCUGAAGAAAUCCAGGAUGCAGAAAAUAGUUCUAAAACUCUUAAGGAAAUUCGGACACUUUUGAUGGAGGCAGAAAAUACAGCACUGAAACGAUGCAAUUUUCCUGCUCCCCUUGCCCCUUUCAGAGAUAUUAGUGAUAUUUCAUUUAUACAAUCUAAGAAGGUGGUUUGCUUCAAAGAACCCUCUUCCACGGAUGUAUCUAAUGGUGAUUUGCUUCAGAGACAGCCAUUCACAGAGGAAAGCCCAAGCAGCAGGUGCAUACAGAAGGAUAUUGGCACACAGACGAAUUUGAAAUGCCGGAGAGGCAUUGAAAAUUGGGAGUUUAUUAGUUCAACUACAGUUAGAAGUCCUCUACAGGAAGCAGAGAGCAAAGUCAGUAUGGCAUUAGAAGAGACUCUUAGGCAAUAUCAAGCAGCCAAAUCUGUAAUGAGGUCUGAACCUGAAGGGUGUAGUGGAACCAUUGGGAAUAAAAUUAUUAUCCCUAUGAUGACUGUCAUAAAAAGUGAUUCAAGUAGUGAUGCCAGUGAUGGAAAUGGUUCCUGCUCGUGGGACAGUAAUUUACCAGAGUCUUUGGAAUCAGUUUCCGAUGUUCUUCUAAACUUCUUUCCAUAUGUUUCACCCAAGACAAGUAUAACUGAUAGCAGAGAGGAAGAGGGUGUGUCAGAGAGUGAGGAUGGUGGUGGUAGCAGUGUAGAUUCACUGGCUGCGCAUGUGAAAAACCUUCUGCAAUGUGAAUCCUCACUGAAUCAUGCUAAAGAAAUACUCAGAAAUGCAGAGGAAGAGGAAAGGCAGGUACGAGCACACGCCUGGAAUCUGAAGUUCAAUUUAGCACAUGAUUGUGGAUACUCCAUUUCAGAAUUAAAUGAAGAUGACAGGAGGAAAGUAGAAGAGAUCAAGGCAGAGUUGUUUGGUCAUGGAAGAACAACUGACUUGUCCAAGGGUUUACAGAGUCCACGGGGAAUGGGAUGCAAGCCAGAAGCUGUAUGUAGUCACAUUAUUAUUGAGAGCCAUGAAAAAGGAUGUUCCCGGACUCUAACUUCUGAACAUCCACAACUAGAUAGCCACCCUUGUGCUUUCAGAUCUGCUGAACCCUCAGAAAUGACCAGAGGAUGGCAGAGCCCAUCAUCAUGCAGAGCCAAGCACGUCAACCUUUCUGCAUCCUUAGACCAGAACAACUCCCAUUUCAAAGUUUGGAAUUCCUUGCAGUUAAAAAGUCAUUCUCCAUUUCAAAACUUUAUACCUGAUGAAUUCAAAAUCAGCAAAGGUCUUCGAAUGCCAUUCCAUGAAAAGAUGGUCCCUUGGCUGUCAGAAUUGGUAGAACCUGCUUUUGUGCCACCUAAAGAAGUGGAUUUUCAUUCUUCAUCACAAAUGUCAUCCCCAGAACCCAUGAAAAAGUUUUCUACCUCCAUCACUGUUUCGUCUCACCGACAUUCUAAAUGCAUUUCUAAUUCCUCUGUUGUUAAGGUUGGUGUUACUGAAGGUAGCCAGUGUACUGGAGCAUCUGUGGGGGUAUUUAAUUCUCAUUUCACUGAAGAACAAAAUCCUCCUAGAGAUCUUAAACAGAAAACCUCUUCCCCUUCAUCAUUUAAAAUGCAUAGUAAUUCACCAGAUAAAGAAGUGACUAUUUUAGCAGAAGGUAGAAGGCAAAGCAAAAAAUUACCUGUUGAUUUUGAGCAUUCUUUUCAAGAAGAAAAACCCUUAGAAAGAUCAGAUUUUACAGGCAGUCAUUCUGAGCCCAGUACCAAUGCAAAUUGUAGCAAUUUCAAGGAAACUCAAAUUUCUGAUAACCAUACCCUUAUUAGCACGGGCAGACCAAGUUCCAUCCUAGGAGUAGGCAGAUCGAGUUCCAGACUAGGAGUAAAAGAGAAGAAUGUAGCUGUAACUCCAGAUCUUCCUUCUUGCAUUUUUCUUGAACAACGAGAGCUCUUUGAACAAAGCAAAGCCCCACAUGCAGAUGACUGUGUGAGGAAACACCAUUCUCCCUCUCCUCAACAUCAGGAUUAUGUAGCUCCAGACCUUCCUUCUUGCAUUUUUCUUGAACAACGAGAACUCUUUGAACAGUGCAAAGCCCUACAUGUAGAUCAUCAAAUGAGAGAAAAUCAUUCUCCCCUUCCUCAAGGUCAGGAUUCUAUAGCUUCAGACCUUUCUUCUCCCAUUUCUCUUGAACAAUGCCAAACCAAAGUGCCAGGUGUAGAAGACCAAAUGAAUAAACACCAUUUUCCCCUUCCUCAAGGUCAGGAUUGUGUAGUGGAAAAGAAUAAUCAACAUAAGCCUAAAUCACACAUUUCUAAUAUAAAUGUUGAAGCCAAGUUCAAUACUGUGGUCUCCCAGUCAGCCCCAAAUCACUGUACAUUAGCAACAUCUGCAUCUACUCCUCCUUCAAAUAAAAAAGCACUUUCUUGUGUUCGUAUAACUCUUUGUCCCAAGACUUCUUCCAAGUUGGAUAGUGGAACUUUAAAUAACAGAUUGCAUUCAUUGGAUGCUGCUUCUAAAGCGAGGAUGAAAAGUGAGUUUAAUUUUGACUUACAUACUGUAUCUUCGAGAUCACUGGAACCAACCUCCAAAUUAUUGACCAGUAAACCUGUAGCACAGGAUCAAGAAUCUUUAGGUUUUCUAGGACCUAAAUCUUCACUGGAUUUCCAAGUCGUACAGCCUUCUCUUCUAGACAGUAACACUAUUACUCAGGACUUGAAAACCAUACCUUCUCAGAAUAGCCAGAUAGUAACCUCAAGGCAAAUACAAGUGAACAUUUCAGAUUUCGAAGGACAUUCCAAUCCAGAGGGGACCCCAGUAUCUGCAGAUCGAUUACCAGAGAAGAUGAAGACUCCACUUUCUGCCUUCUCUGAAAAAUUGUCAUCUGAUGCAGUCACUCAGAUAACAACAGAAAGUCCAGAAAAGACCCUAUUUUCAUCUGAGAUUUUUAUUAAUGCUGAAGAUCGUGGACAUGAAAUUAUAGAGCCUGGUAACCAGAAGCUACGCAAAGCUCCUGUCAAGUUUGCCUCAUCAUCUUCAGUCCAACAGGUUACUUUUUCUCGUGGCACAGAUGGCCAGCCUUUAUUAUUGCCAUAUAAGCCUUCUGGUAGUAGGAAGAUGUAUUAUGUUCCACAAUUAAGACAAAUUCCUCCAUCUCCGGAUUCCAAAUCAGAUACCACCGUUGAAAGCUCCCAUUCAGGAUCCAAUGAUGCCAUUGCUCCAGACUUCCCAGCUCAGGUGCUAGGCACAAGAGAUGAUGACCUCUCAGCCACUGUUAACAUUAAACAUAAAGAAGGAAUCUACAGUAAGAAGGUAGUGACUAAGGCAUCCUUGCCAGUGGGAGAAGAACCCUUGCGGAAUGAAAAUGCAGAUGCCUCAGUUCAAGUGCUAAUCACUGGGGAUGAGAACCUCUCAGACAAAAAACAGAAAGAGAUCCACAGUACAAGGGCGGUGACUGAGGCUGCCCAGGCUAAAGAAAAAGAAUCUUUGCAGAAAGAUACUGCAGAUUCCAGUGCUGCUGCUGCUGCAGAGCACUCAGCUCAAGUAGGAGACCCAGAAAUUAAGAACUCGCCAGACACUAAAGCCAUUACACAGAAAGAGGAGAUCCAUAGGAAGAGGACAGUUCCCGAGGAAGCCUGGCCAAGCAAUAAAGAAUCCCUACAGAUCAAUAUUGAAGAGUCCGAAUGUCAUUCAGAAUUUGAAAAUACUACCCAUUCUGUCUUCAGGUCAGCAAAGUUUUACAUUCAUCAUCCCGUACACCUACCAAGUGAUCAAGAUAUUUGCCAUGAAUCUUUGGGAAAGACUGUUUUCAUGAGACAUUCUUGGAAAGAUUUCUUUCAGCAUCAUCCAGACAAACAUAGAAAAAACAUUUGUCUUCCUCUUCCUUAUCAAAACAUGGACAAGACUAAGACAGAUUAUACCAGAAUAAAGAGCCUCAGCAUCAAUGUGAAUUUGGGAAACAAAGAAGUGAUGGAUACUACUAAAAGUCAAGCUAGAGAUUAUCCAAAAUAUAAUGGACAAAUUAAUGAUCCAAAAAGAGAUCAGAAGGUCACCCCAGAGCAAACAACUCAGCACACUGUGAGUUUGAAUGAACUGUGGAACAAGUAUCGAGAGCGACAGAGGCAACAGAGACAGCCCGAGUUGAGUGACAGGAAAGAACUGUCCUUGGUGGACCGACUUGAUCGUUUGGCUAAAAUUCUUCAGAAUCCAAUCACACAUUCUCUCCAGGUCUCAGAAAGUACACAUGAUGAUAGCAGAGGGGAACGAAGUGUGAAAGAAUGGAGUGGUAGACAACAGCAGAGAAAUAAGCUUCAGAAAAAGAAGCGGUUUAAAAGCCUAGAGAAAAGCCAUAAAAACACAGGAGAGCUUAAAAAAAGCAAGGUGCUUUCUCAUCAUCGAGCUGGGAGGUCUAAUCAAAUUAAAAUUGAACAGAUUAAAUUUGAUAAAUAUAUUCUGAGUAAACAGCCAGGUUUUAAUUAUAUAAGCAACACUUCUUCGGAUUGUCGGCCCUCAGAGGAGAGUGAGCUGCUCACGGAUACUACCACCAACAUCCUUUCCAGCACCACUUCUAUUGUCGAAUCAGAUACAUUGACCCAAACAGAUAGAGAGAUGGCUCUGCACGAAAGGAGUAGCUCUGUUUCCACUAUUGACACUGCCCGGUUGAUUCAAGCUUUUGGCCAUGAAAGAGUAUGUUUGUCACCCAGACGAAUUAAAUUAUAUAGCAGCAUCACCAACCAACAGAAGAGAUACCUUGAGAAGCGGAGCAAACACAGCAAGAAAGUGUUGAAUACAGGUCAUCCCCUAGUGACUUCUGAGCACACCAGAAGGAGACACAUCCAGGUAGCAAACCAUGUGAUUUCUUCUGACCCUGUUUCGUCUUCUGCCAGUAGUUUCCUGAGCUCGAACUCUACUUUUUGCAACAAGCAAAAUGUACACAUGUUAAACAAGGGCACACAAGCAGGUAACUUGGAGAUUGUGAACGGUGCCAAAAAAAACACUCGAGAUGUCGGGAUAACUUUCCCAACUCCAAGUUCCAGCGAGGCUAAAUUGGAAGAGGACAGUGAUGUGACUUCUUGGUCAGAAGAAAAACGUGAAGAGAAAAUAAUCUUUGCCGGUUAUCCUGGGGACAGAAAGUUAAAAAAGAACAAGAAUUCCCAUGAAGGAAUUUCCUGGUUUGUUCCUGUGGAAAAUGUGGAGUCUGGAUCAAAGAAGGAAAAUGUACCCAAGGCUCAUGGCCCCGGCAUCUCCUGGUUUGAACCAAUAACCAAGAGCAAGCCGUGGAGGGAGCCACUGCGAGAGCAGAACUCACAGGGGCAGCAUCUGGACAGUCGGGGCUCCCUGGCAGGCCCAGGCAGAGGGGAUGGCAGAGACCCACUGAAGCCGUUUGUGAGAGCAACCCUGCAGGAAUCGCUUCAGUUUCACAGACCUGACUUCAUCUCCCGCUCUGGGGAGCGGAUAAAGCGCCUGAAGUUAAUAGUCCAGGAGAGGAAGCUGCAGAGCAUGUUACAGAGUGAGCGGGAUGCGCUAUUCAACCCUGACAGGGAACGGCAGGGCCACCAGAAUCGCAUGUGCCCGCUGCCCAAGAGAGUCUUCCUGGCUAUCCAGAAGAACAAGCCUAUCAGCAAGAAGGAAAUGAUUCAGAGGUCCAAACGGAUUUAUGAGCAGCUUCCAGAAGUACAGAAAAAGAGAGAAGAAGAGAAGAGAAAAUCAGAAUAUAAGUCAUACCGGCUGCGAGCCCAGCUAUAUAAAAAGAGAGUGACUAAUCACCUUCUGGGGAGAAAAGUUCCCUGGGACUGACACAAGUUUAUUUUCCUCAGAGCCUUGGAAUUCUAUUUUAUGAACCUAGAGAAGCACAAUCCUUACUUUUGUGAGUCUGGCUGAAUAAAGCUUAUUCUUUGUCCAUGUGUAUUUUAGAAAUAGUAACUUCUAAAGAGUCUGGAGCAGAGUGGUGAUUAAAAUUCCUAACGGUUUGGGAGCAAUACUUUCUGCAUAAUGGGCGUAUCCACUGGGCUGUGUGUUACAAUGAUAUGAUCAUUUCUCAAGGAUAAGUCCCAUUUUGUAUGUGUUUUUAUACUUUUAGAAAAUAAAAACUUUAGAGUAACUCA